AUGACCCCAAACGAACCUUUGCCAGGCGACUGCGCACGGCCCGUUGAGCCCAAUCCCUAUCAUGACUCUUACAAAGCUCAGUGGGCUCGAUACGUCGCCCGUCACAAGUUGCAGAGAGACCUCGAGGUUGCAGGCGCAAGAAUAUCCAAAGCCAUGAGCGAUGGAAGAUUUAAGACCGAAUUUCCUUCCGGUGUACCUAUCGACACAGUUGCUGCGCUUGCCAAGAUCACUGAGAUUGCAAGUGGAGGCGGCCUCAUUCCGGAGACGCAUGGCCAUUUCAAAGUGAGCAUUGUCGGCAGCGGCGUCGCUGGGCUCUUCACGGCCAUGCUAUUUGACUGGAUUAACGAACAGCUCGGAAAAGACUCUCCCGAGGGCAACAUCAAGAUUGAUUAUGACAUUCUGGAGGCGGCCGGUGAGGAUCGUUUCGGAGGCAGGUUGUAUACUCACAGCUUCUACCCACAUGGCGUUCACGAUUAUUACGACGUUGGAGCUAUGCGUUUCCCGGAAAACGACGUGAUGACUAGAACCUUUCAACUAUUCAAGCUUUUGGGCAUUGAGAAAGGGAAACUUGGCGACAGGAAAAGCGCAAAGGAUGAUCCUGUCCUCGUGCCUUACUAUCUCAAAGACGAUAAGGGCGUCUGUCCGUCAUAUUUCAAUGACGUUCGCCAUGUAGGCAAUCCAUAUGGGCCCUAUAACCCUGACCCAUGGCGUCUUAAUGAGGGAAUACCGAAAUGUGAUCAAAUUCCUGCACACAUAUUGCAGGAGAGCCCCGACUGUUUGUUCGAGAGAGCCAUUGAUAAGUAUCUCCAGGCGGUCAAGAGGGGUUUAGAUGAUCGCAAGAAGGGAAAGCCACCAACUCCUGAAGAGGAAGAGAAAUUCUGGAACAUGCUGAGGCUUUCGGACCAGAUGAGCACCCGCCAGUUUCUCCUUUCAGUUAAAAACCCAGGGGAUAUUCCAGAUGGGCCAGGAUACAGCUACAAUACGGUCCAGUGGAUGGAAACAGCUACAUACGGGACAGGAUGGUACGACCAGUCUUUGACGGAGGCUGUGCUCGAGGCCCUGGACUUCAACACACAAGAUGGAGAAAACUGGUGGUGUGUCGACGGUGGCGCGCAGAAAAUCGCAGAAAAGAUGCGGGAUCAAAUCAAAAAGCCGAACGCUAUCAAGUACAACACCCAGGUCACGGGCAUCAAAUCCAACGUCAAAGUUCAAGAAACUGUCACCCGCGAAAUGACGCUCAGCAUGAAAGAGCCCAUCAGCAAUACCCAAAAGACGGACGAAAACUACUUGGCCGUUUUCAACUCAACCACUCUUGGUUCCAUGAACAACAUGAAUCUGUCUGAAGCUGGUUUGUUUUGGGACACCAAGCAAGCUAUUAAAUGCCUCGGCUACGGUGCUUCUUGCAAGGUCGGCAUGAAGUUCAGGUCCGCCUGGUGGCGCAAAGCACCAUUCAACAUCACUCAGGGCGGGCUCGCUCGUACAGACCUCCCGUUGCAAGUGUGCGUAUACCCAUCGUACAAUAUCGAGGAUCCAAUCGACGAGCCUGCUGUGCUUCUCGUAUCGUACACUUGGGGCCAGACAGCCCAGCGGAUAGCCAGUCUAAUCUCUUCCGAUACGCCCUACGACGAGGAAGAGCUCCGGGAUGUUCUUAUUCGCGACCUUGCGCUUCUGCACGCAGAAAAGCCUAGCGACCCAGAAUCAUACAACCGCACCUUCAAUCUCAUUAAGAGCGAGUAUAUGACUCACCACGCGUGGGACUGGUAUCGCGACCGUCACAUGGCCGGGGCGUUCGCUUACUUUGGACCCUGUCAAUUCUGGGACUUAUACCCUGCCAUCACAAAGCCGAACUCUUCCUGCCAGCUGUACUUCGUCGGUGAGGCGGCUUCAGCUCAUCAUGCCUGGGUUGUUGGGGCUUUAGAAAGCGUCGUUCGUGCUGCCUGGUUCAUGUUCGACUCCUUGCACCAGGGCAGCAAAAAUGACAAGAGGAGAGGCGGUGAAGCUUACAAGCCUUACAAAGACGCCAUGACGCUUCUAGAGAAAGGCUUCUUGGAUCCAGAGGGUGAUGAGGCAGUCGACUCUGGACAUCCAAAUGAUGGCCCAAACCGGGAAGACUUGAAGCUACCAUUUUAUCCUUUACCUAUGGAAUUGCCAAAACGCUGCGACAUCGAGUCAGAUAAACACACCAAGAUUGAGGAUUUGGUUGAUCAUCCUCAAUUUGAAAAAGGGAAAGAAGUUCCGAUCCUCUAUGGCGCUGCUGUCGUAGCUCUGAGCAUGGUCGAGUCAACCUUGGAUAAUGUACAGCUGUUUGGAGCGAAAAGAGCUUCUUGA